AGAAGCCCAUUUUGCUCAAUAAAAAGAAAAAUAAGAAAUAUUAUUCAAGGCUAUAUCCAUCGGCUCGAAUCUGAGCAUUUCAACUCUUCGAGCGAUUCGGGUAUCGAUCGACGAGAUUCGGAGAGAAGCGCCAUUGACGACGACGUGAGCGGUGACAUUUGGCGACCGCUUCCACACAACUCAAAUGCAAACUCGCCUCGAAAAUCUUCAAAGGAGUCUGAGGGUGCAUCGUCUCCAACAUGCAAAUUUCCCUGUGAUUUAGUCACUCCCUCAACGAUGGCAGGAAAGUACGAUAAUGCGCCAUUACGAAAGUCCGAUGAGACCCGUGAAAGUUCUAUAGAGGACAAGUCAACAGCAACCAUUUGCUCCCAGCCCACCGGUGUCCCGAUUCAUCGUACGUGGAAUAGUCGAAUGUAUGACGCCGAACGCGGAAUCGCUCGAUUCCCCAUUACAUCACCGAUGAACAAAACUCGCCAUCAGAAGUCUAAACGAACUAGUGACACGCUUCCGUUGAGUUUUAGCGGAGUGAGGAUGGGAGUAGUACAGCAACGAGGUAGCAUUCUGCCGUCCGAUCCGCAGAACUGUAUCUAUCGUGCACCACCGGUUUUCGACGUCUGGCAUCAGAAAUUCGUACAAAGUGAUGGGAUCACGCAUACGUAUAACCCGGCGUUUCCUUACGAUAAUGUUCCGAAAAAUCUACUCACAUACGACAACGCUCCACCACCAGGACACAGCGGAUGGGAUCAUGACUGUUCUCACACCACUGGAAGGGUCGGCGGCUCCUCAGUGAUAGCCGCAGUCCGACGGCAGGAUGGUUCCCAUACUCUG